GUGGUUUUGCAUCAAGGCAGCAAGGCUCCUUUUAAUAACACCGAGCAGGCAUUGCUCUGGCUAGUUGUUAGCCUGCAAAACAGCUAACAACAAACACAAGGAGGCCAGGCACGUUGCGUUGGAUAAAAAAAAAAAAGGAAAAAAGAAAAAUCGACUGGCACUGGCUGUCCUGCUUUCGCUAACACAUCUGGGAGAAACGUGAAAGCUGCCUCUCCCACUGCCCAGUGUGUCCCCCCCGAACCUCGUCGAGAUGUCAGCUUUCUCUGAGGCAGCUUUAGAGAAGAAACUAUCCGAGCUUAGCAACUCCCAGCAAAGUGUUCAGACCUUGUCACUGUGGCUCAUCCAUCACAGAAAACACUCCAAGACCAUCGUCAACGUUUGGUUCAACGAACUCCAGAAAGCUCAGGUAUCACGCAAGCUGACCUUCCUCUACCUGGCCAAUGAUGUCAUCCAGAACAGCAAGAGGAAAGGACCAGAGUUCACCCAGGACUUUGCACCGGUCAUCAUCGAUGCCUUCAAACAUGUGUUCAGGGAGGGGGAGGAGGGCUGUAAGAAACAGCUGGGUCGGGUCCUGUCCAUCUGGCAGGAGAGAGCUGUGUAUGAGAACAACCUGCUGGACCAGCUCUCACAAGUCCUACAUGGAGAAAAGAAGGCUAAGAAGAGGUCAUAUGAGGAGAUCCAACUGGAUGAUGAGGACUUUGCCUCCCAGAGCUCCCCAGCAGAGCCCCCACAGACCGCAGAGUUAAUCCGGGCCUUGCAGGAGCUGGAGAACGCAGCCUCUGGCGACUCAGCACUGCGUCAGCGCAUCUCCUCCCUGCCUGCCGAGGUGCAGGAUGCAUCGCUGCUCCACAGGAUCACAGAUAAGGAGUCGGGGGAGCGGCUCUCUCGGCUGGUGGAGGAGGCCUGCAUGUUGCUAGCAGACUACAGUGGCCGCCUGGCGGCAGAGAUCGAUGACCGACGGCAGCUCACGCGCACGUUAACACUCUUCCUGCACAGCCAGAAGGACGGCUUGGCCCAGAAUGAGCAGAAACUAGAAGAGUACAAACGGAAACUGGCGAGGGUGACCCAGGUACGGAAGGAGCUGCGAUCCCGUCUGAACAAUCUUCCAGGGGGCCUCUACAACUCUUCAAACUGACGGCUCACCUCCGCUCCCCCCUCCCGAGGAGAAACCCUGCCCCUCCUGCAACCGAGACAUCCUGUUAUUUAGCCUUUCAAUCAGUGACAUUGCAAUUUUUAGUCAUUCUUGAUUUUGGGAACUGACUGUUUCUCAAAGUAUGGCUUCCUGGCAUUUUCGUUUUGUCUUCAGCUAAUUAUUUCCCCAUUUGUCUGCUAUUGAGCGAAACAUUUUUCAUUUUCAAACUCAUCCCUCUGCGUUGUAUACUGUCAGUACACUGUAAAUUAAUAUUUUAGUAUAUAAGUCACAGGCCUUCAUGCUAUGGCCCCUGCCUGCCUCUUACAUCUUUACAGUGGUCAGGAUGAUGCUGGUGUGAUAUUAUUUUUUUAUUCAUAGUGACUUAAGAUGAUGCACCAGAGGCUGUGCAGCUGUGCUCCCAAUGAGAAUAUCCCCUCUGUGUGAUAUUUCAGAAUAAUCACUUGCAGUGUUUUGGAUUUACCGUCAUAACCUCUUUUGUUUUCUUUAGCAAGUCCUGUAAAUGUGUCUUACACUUGCUCAUAGAUUAUGGCACCAGGUGUUAAAGCUGGGAUAUUCUGUUUGUUUUUAUACAGUAUGUUAGUGGCCUUUUAAAAGAUUGCCAUGGCCAUGCCUAGGUUUACUUAUGAGAUCAUGCUGAAAAUGAUUAGUUACAGAUGUUUCUGCAAGCAAACCAACAUAUGUGAUUAUAAUUUACAUAAACCUCGUUAGGGGAUGUAACAUUGUUCAUUGUACAUAUUAUGCAGAGUUGCAUGUAAAUACAAUUAAGUUGUUUGUUGUAGGCUACCAGUUUUUCUUUAUGAUUUAUGUCCAUGUCAACAUGGCUUGUGAAGCUCUCAUUCAGAAGAAUUAUUGAGGCAUCUGUAGAUUGGUGAUAUCUCUGUAGUUGCUCAGACUUCAGCUGCACUGACACGAGUGAAGCCUAUUGUUCUUGUUUACUGUAUCACUACUGCUUCAUAGUUUUACCCUCAAGUCUACUGAAUGUUGCACAACUGCCUCACACUGCUUGAGAGAAGUACCCCCCACCCCCCACCCCCCACCCUGCCUCCAGUUUCCAAAAACCAGACUUUAUAACACGUUUGUUUUUGUACAUACAAAGCAAAUUGUUCUUGGAACCAAAAUAAACAGGAAAAUGUACAAACCUCA